AAUGGACGCACCUCCAGACGCCGCUCGGCUAUCCGGCUUCAGGAAAAUACACUCAUGGCUACAGGCGGUAAAAAUACUCCGCUGCUCUUACAUCAGUGCGCUCCGUGAUAUUUUUGGGAACUUCUCCCAUUCGCGUCGCGGUGGUUACUGGGUGUCUGUCGCUGCCAGCUCUGGAUCGUCGCCUACAACGACUCUGCGCGGGGGGAGAGAGGAGACACAGCAGCGCGUCCUGAGGUUUCCUCACAAACAUGUAGGAGGAAAACAGCGCCCGGGUGCACCAGUGAGGAGGUGUUUUUUUCUGAAUGAUAAAAUCACCCUAGACUCUGGCACAACAAUGACGGCUUGACCUCGUCUCCGUGAGAAUAUGGAAGGGACCAAAGCGUCCGCCGGUCCCGUCGCCACAGCGGAGGCUGCUGCGUGGCCGACGGGGGAUUUGGUCGGGUUUGGAUAAUUGGGGCAUUCAGUGUGUAACCGGUUUGAGCCAGGAGAUGAGAAAGAGUGCUGAACUGCAUCAAAAAUGAUUUGAACUUUGAACUCGCCAAAAAAGCUUUUGUGAACAGCUUUUAUCAUUCUAUCGUCUCAAGUUUUUUUUUUUUUUUUUUUUUUAAUUUUUAUUUUAAUGCGUUGGAGGAAUGUGGAAUGCGUUCAUGAACGGCUCGGGGCUGCACGGUGGGGGCGGCGCUGGCGGGGGCAAUGUCCCGUCUCAGGGAUGGGAGUUUGUGCCGUGCUCCAGGAUGGAUAGGGCUGAUAGGGGCAGGGGCAAAACCCGCAGCCCGCUGAGGAGGAUCUCCUCUCCGCCCACCGUCUUCAGCCAGCUCUACGAGCCCCAGUUCGCUGCUUCACCGGUCGGCGGAGAAGUUGGAUCAGGGACACAGCUGGAGGUCCUCAGGGGACAAAUGUGGCCGGGUCCUGAACCCCAGCAGCAGCAAACACAACACACGAGGCUUAAAAAGAAGAUUGAGGAAUUGAAAAAGCGACAUGUACAGGACAAGGAAGGGUGGAUGCGGGAGAAGGAGACAUUGUUGAGAGAAGUGGCUGACAUACAAGGAGGGGAGAACAGGAGGAUUCUGCUGGACUUGAAGACAGUUUUGGAGGAAGUGCAGUUGGAGGUAAAGCGAGAGGAGGAGAAGAGGAGCGAGCUCCAGCUGCAGUACACCAGAGACAGAUGUGCCUGGGAGCUGGAGAAGGCUGAGCUCAAAUGCAGGAUUGCACAGUUGGAAGCUAAAGAGGCUGCUGGUUUGAUCAGUGGAGGAGUCCAGUCGGCAGCGGCAGGUCCCGUCUCCGUGUUGUCACGGAGUGUUCGAGAACAGCACGGCGAGACCUCAUCGCUACGACGGGAAAGGGAAGAGCAACGGAGGCUCCUGGCGGACACACAUUCAGCGGCCAUGGACCUUCGCUGUCGCCUGGAGCACAAUGAGAGGGACUGGUCAAGGGAGAAAGCCGAGCUGCUGGAGAGGUUCGAUGUGGAGAGAAGGGAGUGGGAGAGCCAGCUGAAGGAUAUGCAGAAGAAAAUAGAAGAGCUGUACUGUGAAGUGAGGGCCAAGCGAGAAGGGACUGGACUGGAUAGUGGGAGGCAGGACAACGAUGAUAUUGUAAAGAGGCUCAGCAUACGCUCAACCAGCACUGGCUCCAGUCUGCUCAGUGACAACUCCCGCUCAGAGCCACUCAGCAGCAACAGUCGGUCAGAACCAAUCAGACGUUCACCGUUACCUGGUUUUGGUCACAGCAGAAACAUCAGUGGCAGCGGUUGUGUUGGCACAGAUAGUUACCACUCCACCUGCUUCCAAGCAGACAGCCUCUGUGAAUAUAAUAAUGCUGGUGGUCAGUUCGCUCAGAAUGACCUUUCACAACUUGAGCUGGUGGAUGAGUUGAGACACACUUGGCAGCAAGACUUCAUCACUGAUUGCAAGGAAACUGUGGAUACAACACAACUGGGUGCCAUUUUUCACGGAGCUCCAGAAUGUGGGGUGCAGAAAAAUGUUCCUCAAGAUAAUGAAGAAAAAGUCCAUGUUAGUCCUCGAGAAAGUCCUUUUUGUUCUGAGCAGAGUUACAGCAGCGAUAAGAAGAAGAACACCACUGCUCUUAAUGCUGCUCUGAAGGAGAUAGCCCGUGUAAGCGAGGAGCUUUGUAGCUACCAGGAUGAGAUCAGAAAGAAGAGCGGGGAUAAGAGGAACCGAUCUGAAUCCCUAUGCCCACCGGAGGGGGGCAAUAUGCUGUUCAACCAUAUUAAAACCCGACUAGAGGUGGAUGAAGCCCCCUGCGACCUUGGCCAGAUUUAUGAUGACCUUCGGGCCUUUGAGAGGGAAAACUGGACCAGCUUGUCAUCAGAUAACACCUGGCAGACCGAUGGAGGGCCGAGCAAAUCCCCAAGAGCAAACGCUGCUGAUCUAGACAGAGCAACACCGACAAGUCCUGGAGUGCUCUCUGAGAUUGAUACAGCAGCUCCACCCAUCCCUCCACGCAGCUCCUCCUGGAACCUGAGUACCCCCAACCAGCCAGACAUAGAACUCCACAUCCCAGAAUCCCCCAUGGCGACAGUGAGGAAAUGCCACAGCCCCUGUGUUCUCGUGGACAGAAAGUGCAGCAGCCCAUCUAUUGUCAGGAAGUUCGGGGCUAUGCUGCAAGAAAAUGAAGGAAAAGUUUUGAUAGACGGUGUGGUUUCAUCUUGCGCCGUGCCUGCUAACCCUAAAUGUAAUGUCGGCUGCUGUCACAACCGCUGGUCCUGUGAUGCAAGCAAGUUUACUAACAGUAAGUUGUCUACACAUGGGACUGUGCAGAAAAGCUUCUCUGAAGUCAACAUUUUGACUGCUGGAAAAGACAUGUGCUCAGAUCACAGACCUGGUGUUGGGGGAUUGAAAGAGCUACAAAUACCUCCAAUUGUCAAAGAAUUACCUGUAGAUUUGCUAUUGUCCUCUCUUGAAAUAUCACCUGCCAGCCUCAAGCUCCAGAGCUCCAAAAGAAACAUUAUGCUUGAACAAAAAACAGCUGAGUUCAACAGAACUUUGUUCCAGGCUGAGAUGGGUCGUGGCGUCGAGGACGGUUUUCCAGUAACAGAUGCUGGCUCUGUUGGUGUCCAGCCAGUCUUUUCAGCAACUAGUGCGUUAGAUGACGUCAUUGCUCCCAGGGAGACAGCAUGUCAGUCGCAUUGUACUGAUGUCACUACCAGCGUCACGGGUGUGUAUCCUGAAGUCACAUUAUCUCUCUCCACUUUGGAUCCUACAAUUCAUGAGGUUCAGUCAAGACAAACAAAGUGUGGUACUGAAGUUCAAGAGGUCAGAAUGAACCUUUCAUCUGAACAACCAUGGAUUGGAAUCAGGGAGGCAGAUACAGUAACCUCUCAGAGUCCUGCACAUCAUUCUGAGAUCAAGCACAAAGCUCAAACAGCAAGCAGUCCUUCCAGGAAAACACAACACAGAGCCGCCACAGAGGCUCUCUUUUCUGAGCCGGUCUUGCCUGUAAAUACCGUGCCAGGUCACAAUGUGGACAGUUCCAGCUCCAAGAAUGAGAAUUCCAAUGAAGCAAAGCCACAGCCUGCCAGAGUCGGUGUCUCACUCCAGCAGCCGUCUGCUGAGAACAAACAAAGACAGAUGACACAGCCGAGGCAUGUGUCUGUCCCCCAGUCUGACUCCUCCAGACCUGGGCCUCGAAUAAUGACCGACCAUCCCUGGAAGCCCCUCACUCUAGCUGCCUACCCACGGCCCGAGGGAUCCAGGUCCAACUAUGGGGCAGUUGAGAGGAUUCUGAAGAAUUACGAGAGCGCAGCACGGGCUAAGCAGAACCAGAGCCAUCAAGAUGAGUUGUCUUCAAGUCCUAACAUCAGUGUCAGACAGGAGGAGACUGUCAGUGAACUGGACAUGCUGGACAUGGACCCUCUGCCCUUACCUCCCACACUGAGACACACACAGGCUUCACACACCUCAACGACGCACACUACACAUGCACAACUCAGCAGCCACUUUGCCAUGAGUGUGAAAGAGAUACAUCGAACAGUGCAGGAUAAGGACAAGUCUCCCGUCUCCUCUUCCUCCGUCCAAAAGAACUUCUCGAGGCCCGCCCGUCCAGCCAACCGACGCCUCCCCUCUCGAUGGGCCAGCCGCUCCCCCACAUCCUCCUCCUCCACCUCCUCCUCCCCCUCUACCACCCCUGUUGUGCCUCCUUCCUUCCACCUCAAGAAACACACUUCCUCCUUCACCUACUCACAUGCCUUUCACAUAGAGACUGUCAUCAUUUGACAUCCAUCUCCUAAAGAAACCGUCCUUUUCAUUACUGUUGUACAUACAUGCCAAAUCCAGACAGUCUCCACUCCUACAGACUCAGAAGUGCUUUAGCUGUGAGUUCAUCUACUCACCUUUUAGAAUGUAUGCGGCAUCCAGUGGAGCCUAACUGACCAAGGAAGGCAAGAAAAAGGAUUUGAAGCAGCUUCACUUAUUCAGUAGUCUGCUAUGAUUAACCUGCCAGACAUCGUUCAUCACCUCAGAGGACAGUGGAAACAUCACUUUCCAAGGAGUGAUCACAUCCAAUGAGUCAUUCAUUCAUGCCAACCAUCUGAAUGGAUGUCCUAUGCUCAGGUCUGGAUCCUAGCCUUGACUAGUGUAGCCUUGCAUAUCUACCAACAACAGACCCUUCACUACUCCCUUUCCUCUAUUUACUCUAUUUACACCUUUAACAGUGACAGUAGCUCAUACUCAAAUGAUCUAAAAACUUCCAGCCAAAUAAAAUCCAGAUGUAUUUAAUCUGUACUGUAUUUUGUAUUUUGUGUGCAACAUGUUUUGUGUGCAUUUUGCACAAGCUAUGAUGCUGCAUUCACAGUAUGCAGCAUCAUGUUGGAUUGUGAGGUAAAGUCAGAGGGGCAGAGAUUUCCCCCAUGCUGAGCUCUCAGUGUGUGUGUGCUGAAUAAAGCAGUGUUGGUCUUCUGCCUUCUUGAAUAUUACCUGCAGUACAUGCCUGGACUGUACCUUGCCUGUGACUAAAACAUUUUGCUUUCUGACUGGCUUUACUUUUUUCAUAAUUACAGUAACACAAAAAUGUGAAUGUGAGUUCCUUUGUUUUUAUAACUUUGUACCAAAGGCUGGUUUCUUUAUAUGCAUCUUCCUGAUUUGAAAACAAUGUUUGUAAUGGCAUUUAGUUUUGCUGUCCACCCAUUGCUGAUGUUCUCCAACCAACAUGUCUGUUAAACAUUAUUCAUGAGAGCCUGCUUUUGUGCAUAACAUAAAUAAUGAUAAUUAUCAAAAUAAUUAAAAGCCUUUUUUCUACCUUUACUAAUACUGAAUGGUCACAUAUCAGGACAUUACUCAGCUUUUUUGGGGUCAAAGUUGUGAAUCAUAUCAUGAAAGUGAUGCCUUUGCUGUUCUUUUUGUGUAAUAAACAUAAGGA